AUGAAGUCAAAAUUAAACUGGGCUUUGCAGAACGAACUGUUUGACGUAACAAGCAUUGGACUUCAUUUCAUCAAAAGCUUAGAGAAAACUACAAAGGGUUCAGACUACGCCAAGAAACUUGUGCACUUAGAGAGAUUGUGUGAAAACUCUGAUGCAGCGAGGUCGCCUUUCGACUAUACCCUAGAUCUUUCACUGGCUGAGGUAUUAGAAAAGCCACAAUUGUGCUGCUCUAGAACACCCAUCGGAUGGAAUCAGGAUCAGUUUGUUGAGCCGGAGAAUUUUUUAGAUAUCCUCAAGCAGAUCUACUGCCGUACUGUUACUUUAUUUGCUGACUUUGCGUCUUUGUGUCCAGAACUAAUGCUAUUAGAGGAGAAGGACAAGGUGAUGUUUUUAUGUUAA